AUGAUACCUGCUGAUGUUACUCAGUGUUUAACCAUACUUGAUGGAUUACAAGAUCAAGUCUUUGAUAGAUUUGAAGAUAUUGUCAACAUUGGCGACCCAUUGACUGGAGGAUCAGUAGAGUCUAUCGAUUUUAUUCGAUCUUCAAUCUCAAAAGAUGCUACCAAAUUAAUUGGCAAGUUCGAGAAUACGUUGAAUAUUCUUAAGAUCAAAGUAAAUAAUUAUAUCGGUACAUUUGAUGUGGACCAUGAUCGAUUGAAAAUAAUUUUCGAGUUAUAUCAAGACAAAUUAUCUAAUUUGAAACACCAAUUAAAGGAAACUGAAUUGAAAUCGUAUAGAUUAGAAGAAGAGUUCAAUCACAAACAAAGAAUGAAAAGCUUCAGCAAAGUUCCAGAAAGAGAGAAAACAUUUGAAGAAAUGAAACAAGAACUAUUUGACGGGAGAUCAAACGAAGAUAAAGAAUUAAAAGAACGUGAUGUUGAGCAGCAAUUGCUAGAUACUAACAAAUCAGUCACCGCAUCUUUAAAGAAUACUCGACAAUUGAUGGCAGCAUCUAUAAUACAGACUGAGUUGAGCAUUGAUUCAUUAGAUCAACAACUGAAAGACUUGAAUAGUUUCAAUGGAUUAUUGGAUGAACUUAACAAUACUUUGAAGAAAUCUAAAAAUAUAGUGAAGUUCAUUGAGAAACAAGAUAGAUCAGAUAAAAACAGAAUUUACCUCAGUCUAGGAUUUUUGAUGGUUUGUUGUGCAUGGGUCAUCUGGAGGAGGAUAUUGAAACUUCCUGUAAAGAUUUUGUUGUGGUCAACCAUAAAAGUUUUCAGAAUAUUCUUAUGGUUCAUGCCUAGUAAGGUGUUAAAUGCUGAAGAAGUGAUCUCUUCACAGGUCUUAGCUUCAGAAAUGUCAGCUACAGCCGUGGCCACAUUAUCAACCUUGGCCAUUGUAUCGACAAUAACUUCAACUAUAUCAACCAGUAUUUCAACUAUAUCAACCGGUUCAUCGAUACCAUUGAGUGAAAGGCUAAAUGAGGAAAUUAUUAUGGAUAUGGAAGUGAGUAAAACAUGGGAAGAAAUAGUAACAGAAGUAAUCAAAGAUGAAUUGUAG